AUGCUCGCUCCCACCGGAGACUUGGCCGCAGUGGAAAUUGCAUUCUUCUCCCUGGCGUUCACCGUCUCUCUCUUCGUUGUUAUCCGACAUGGCUUCCGCAGAGAGCUAGGUUGGAUCUACCUCCUCAUCCUUUCGCUACUCAGACUCAUCGGCGGCUCCGUUACCCUCUACAUGCAAGUCAACCAUGACUACAACAAAAGCCUGAUUACCACCGCCACCAUCACCUCGGCGGUAGGCACCUCACCUCUCCUACUCGCGACAAUGGGCUUUCUCCAGCGCAUCAGCGAGGGCAUGGAGCCGCAUGGAGUUACGAAGCAGCUCUUCCGACCACUUCAUAUCGUCUCGCUCGGCGCUCUCAUCAUCGCCAUCAUUGGAGGCACGGAUCGCAGCAGCAGCGAUCCCAACACGAUGCAGACUGGCAAAGACCUCGCUGAAGCCGCUAGCAUCCUCUUCCUCGCCAUUCUGGUUGGGUUAGGGGGUAUUGUCGCUCAGAACAUCAUGAACCUUCGCUUCGUGCUCAGCUCCGAGAAGAAUCUGCUUCGCGCCGCAGUCGUCGCGCUUCCGUUCCUUCUGGUCCGAGUCAUAUAUACCGUGGCUUCAUCGUUCUCUGGUCCAGGCAGUCCGUUCUACUAUCGCGACGAGAAUGUGUACCUCCAAGCCUUUAUGCAGUUCUUGAUGGAGGCUAUUAUUGUGACAAUCUUCAUCGCUGCUGGACUGCUUACGCCAAAAGCCGAAAUCAAGACCGGCAACUAUGACCUUGAAAGUGCAAGGUCGAAGUCUGCUGUUGGACACCAGCCUGAUAUGGCCGGUAACCGGCCUUCGAGGCCACAAUGGCAGCCGCAAAGUGUUGGUGACUACAGGCCAAGUCGGCUAAUCAGGAAUGCUCUUCAAUCGAGAUAA